GACCGUUGAUUAAAAGAUCGCGCACCCAAGAGGGUUAAAAGAUCGACGCGAACAAAAGGCUUAAAGGACCGAAGCGACCAAAAGAGGUUAAAAGACCGAACGCCCAAAAAGAGUUGAAAGACCGAAAGGUUAAAAGAUCGGUAGGUUAAAAGCCCGACGAAUCCAAAAGAGGUUAUAAAACCGAAAGUCAAAAAGAUGUUAAAAGGCCGUAGGCUAAAAGAUCGAUGGUUAAAAGAACGUUGCAAUCAAAAGGGUUUAAAAGACCGUUGGUUACAAGAUCGACGUUUUUCUAUGGAAUUGUUUUUCUUCCGAUUUUACUAACUGUUGCAAUGCCUAAUGAAGUUUGUGUUUGUCAGAAUGAAGAUGGAAGAAAAUAAAAAUAUCAUUUUUUGUAUUGCAAUUCUUAUUUUGUAUAUAAUGUCCUCGUUUUUUGUCUUCGUAAAAUUAUGAGUCUUAUUUGUUAUUUUCAUAGGUGAUCUUCUGCGAUGCCUUUUAAGCUAUUUUUUGCAGGUGAUCUCUAGGGUUAGCGGGUUGAUGAUUCCAAAAGACCACUCGACUGAAGGACAACUUUAAAUACCUCGGGGCGUUUUGAAUUAGAUGAAACACCUUAGGGAUUAGCUCCAUUAGAUAAAUCUGAUAAAAUCAAACCUGUUGGCUUGGAUGUUGAAAAAUUAAUUCGAAUUUAUUGAAACCAUUAAAUUUAUGGCCCAAAAUGUGGGGCAAGUUAUAGUUGAUUAUGGCAUAUACAGUAGUUAUCG